AUGGGAAAAGCUACGGAGAGAAAUAUGAAGUCAAAGAGUAAUGAGAAUAUGGUCAUUGAGAAGGCACCAUCUUUGAUGAUUCCCAUCACAAGGAUGUAUUCCGGUGCAAGUACUGGAAGAAGAAAACUUGAUACAAUCCAUGAAGAUAUUCAGGGCUCAUUUGGCUGUUGUUCUAAUAUGAAUUUGAUUGCCGGAGAUGCUUAUAUGGACUCUGUCAUUGCAGCUGUAUGUUACAAUGAAGCAUCAUUGUCGUUUCUUAUUGGUUUAAAAUCAACUCUUAUGGAUUUGAAGGAUAAUAUUUGUUUAAUUUGGGUUCAACUAUCUUCAUUCACUAUUGAAAUCAUUCACAAAUUUGGUGAGCAGCAAAAGCCACUAGUUACCACUGUCACUGAUUAUGAUGACCCUAAAGUAGUCAAAGAACCGUUGAAAUCCGCUCGUUGGCUAGGUUUUUUUCACAAUGUUGAACAAGUGUUUCCAGGAGGUAUGUACCAAGUGCAUCAUGAUUUGAUGAAGUACCAUGCUGCAAAUGGUUAUGCAUAUAAGGUAACAAGAAACGAGAAGUUGCGGAUUGCUGCUUGUUGUGCUAACAAGAAGAAGGACAAGUGUAAUUGGCACAUGUAUGAUGUUUCUUGUGACGGUGUCGAAGGAAGUCCCUUUAUUAUCAAGGAGAUAAAUAAUCAGCAUACUUGUGAUGGUGGAUUUAUUAACGUUCCAAAUGUAUCGAAGAAGCUAAUAAGUUCAUUGAUCAAGGAUGAGAUUAAACAGAACCCAAAGAAGAAGACAAAGGAUAUUAUGGAACAAAUUAGAAGAAAAUAUGGCUUUGACAUAAGUCGUUAUUAUGCAUACGCAGGUAAGAGACAUGCACUGAAUAUGGCAUGGGGAGAGGAUGAGAAGUCAUUCUCUUACUUGCAUUGGUAUACAAAGCAAUUGUCUGAAACCAAUCCUGGAUCCCGUGUUGUUUUGGAAACUGACGCGAGUCAAAAGUUUGUGAGAUUGUUCAUUGCCUUCGGAGCAUGUAUCCGUGGAUAUAAUUACUGUCGUCCCUUGCUAUUCAUGGAUGCAGCACAUUUGAAGAGUAAAUAUCUCGGUCACAUGAUGGCAGCAACAAGACUAAACUGGGAUAAUGGAAUUUACCCUUUAGCUUAUGGUGUGGUUUCAUCUGAGACUGAUGCGAACUGGAAAUGGUUUAUGGAGCAACUCAGGGAUGUCGUUUCUCCUCAAAGACAACUUACAUUUGUGAGUGAUCGAGGUAGUGGUUUAUCAACCAAAUCCCCGUCGUUUUUCCAGUUGUUUGAAAAAUGUGCAUGUGCGAAUACACAUGUAGAGUUUGAGGAGAGUUGGGAUGACUUGAUGUUGGUUAAAAAUCAGAAGCUACAAGAAUAUCUUAGUAGGGCUCCACUUGAUAAAUGGGUUAGUUUUUUUUUUCCGGGCUGUCGAUAUGGGGAGUUGUGCUCAAAUGUUGCUGAACGUUUGAAAGGUUGGGUUAAGGAAGAGAGGGAGAUUCCUAUUGCUGUCAUGGUUGAUAAAAUACGGCUGAAUCUUAUGGAAAUGAUGUGCAUUCGUCGUAAAGAAUGUGUGACAUCGUUCGAUUGGCGAGGAGUUUUGUGUCCAAAAAUGGAAACUGAACUCUAUAACAAUAAGAUGCAUGGCCGUGAUUACAGUGUUACCAAGUCUUCUGAAUUUGUGUAUGAAGUUCAUGCCUCAUUAACACAAAGGGUUGAUUUGAAAGAAAAGACAUGCUCUUGCAACCGUUGGAAAAUCAAUGGCUUCCCUUGCGCCCAUGCUGUUAGGUGUAUAAUGGGGAAUGGUGAAGAUCCUUAUGAGUAUGUUGAAGACUACUUCACCACUAAGUUCUAUCGAGAGUCGUAUUCAAGACCAAACCAUCCAGUUCCCACAGUUGAAAGGCCUGCAACAAUUUCACCCAAGUCUGUUGUUCAUGGACCUAAAGUUUUUCCACAAUCAGGACGUCCAAGUAAGAAGAAAAGGAUUCCUAAUACAGGUUCAAUUCCCAAGAAGAAGAUGAGAACUUGCGGUGGCUAUAAUGAAUUGACUACUCAUAAUCGAAGGACGUGCCCUAAUAAACAGACGUGA